CAACCAAAUAAACUCACGCAGUAAAACUUUCUUAAUGGCAGCUUGUGAACAGGGCAGCACAAGUCUCAUAGCCUUCUUGAUAGAAUCUGGAGCCAAUAUGGACAUGAGUGACGAAAAAGGUCGCACAGCUUUACAUUAUGCUGUGAAAAGCCGUAAAAUUGAUGCAGUGGCCUCCUUAGUUUCCAGGGGAGCAAAUGUUAAUAAGCAGAACUCAGACGGCAACACACCUCUACAUUGGGCUGUGAGGAAGAACUAUAAAGAUGUAGUCAAAGUCCUGUUAAGUAGCAAAGGAAAUAACAUUUUACAGGUCACUCAGCGAAAUAAUAAAGGUUGGACACCUCUACAUCUUGCCUCACUUUAUGGACACACAGACACAGCUAAACUUCUCCUACAACAAGAUGGCACUGAUGUGAGGGUGGUGGACAACGAUGGUUGCACACCUCUACAUCAUGCCUCGUAUAAUGGACACACAGACACAGCUAAACUUCUCCUACAACAAGAUGGCACUGAUGUGAGGGUGGUGGACAACGAUGGUUGGACACCUCUACAUCUUGCCUGUCAGAAUGGACACACAGACACAGCUAAACUUCUCCUACAACAAGAUGGCACUGAUGUGAGGGUGGUGGACAACUAUGGUUGUACACCUCUCCAUCAUGCCUGUCGGAAUGGACACACAGACACAGCUAAACUUCUACAACAAGAUGGCACUGAUGUGAGGGUGGUGGACAACGCUGGUUGGACACCUCUACAUCGUGCCUCGUAUAAUGGACACACAGACACAGCUAAACUCCUCCUACAACAAAAUGGCACUGAUGUGAGGGUGGUGGACAACGAUGGUUGGACACCUCUACAUCGUGCCUCGUAUAAUGGACACACAGACACACUAAACUUCUCCUACAACAAAAUGGCAUCGAUGCCAAUAAAGCGGACAAUGAUGGUGACACUCCUCUCCAUCUGGCAGUUCAAGGGUAAGCAACACUAUGGUAUGGUAUCUUUGAUGCUGGCCCAGGAUUCAGUGAAACUGGAUAUCGAGAAUCAUAAGAAAAUGACACCAUUGAUGGAAGCCGUGUUCAGGGCCCACCUCGGAAUAAUCCAUAAACUUAUUAUAAAUGGUGCAAACAUAAAUGCUGUCAACAAUGAUGGCAAUAAUUGUUUGCACCUCUCAAUAAUAAAAAAAGAGAUGUUCCAUUCUGAGGUGGAACCCAUUCCCAUUUUAGACGAGUGCUGCAGAGAGCUCCAACUGGACAUGGAUAGGAGGCUCUCUGGAAUAGUAGUUUUGAGUUACCUUGCCAGCCAAGGAGCCAGCUUAUACCAUCAUAAUAAUAAGAAAAUGACCCCAUUGGACUACAUAGAAAAUCAACAUUUGAAAGAAAAAUUAAAAACAUUUUUACAAUCACUGUGUCGGUGGUGUCAAGAGAAAAAGGCUACUGUCACACUCCAUCCAUGUCAACAUACCGUUACUUGUCAGAAUUGCUGUUCUCAAAUGACAUUUAAGCAAUGCCCCAUAUGUCGACAACACAUACUCCGGAAAAGUGGAUUUGUGUGUCCAAAGUCUGAAGAAGAAGCAGCAAAGGCAGUUGCAGAGUCUGUUGUGUUUCCAAAGUCUGAAGAGAAAGCAGCCCAGGCGGUUGUAGAAUCUGUUGUGUGUCCAAAGUCUGAAGAGAAAGCAGUCCAGGCGGGUGUAGAGUCUGUUGAGAGUUUAAAUUUGGAGGAAAACCGCUUCCAUAGCACAUCGAAGAAAGUGGCAGUUAAGCAACAGCAAGUUGAAACUCCAAAGUUAGAGGAGAAGUGUCUCCAAGAUGUUGCAAAACUGUUAGGAGCCAACUGGCAGCAAGUUGGCAGGAAUUUAGGAAUCAGAAAUGUCCAACUGGGGAUUAUCAAGCAUGACAAUCCUUUAAACACUAAAGAGCAGAGCUUCCAGAUGCUGCACACAUGGUACACAAGUUGUGAUCCAGAGAUGCGAACACUCAAAACACUCAGAAAAGCUCUUGAGGAAGCUGAAUGCUUUGAGGCACUUCAAUGUCUACCAUCAGAAGAAAAGUGAACUUGUGUGUAAAUGCUGCAAUUGUUUAGUCCAAGGUCAACCUUGACUAAACAGAGACUCAUGAUCAAAUGCCUUCCAGCCAGGACCCUCCUGACUUUAUCCUUAGUGUAGGGAACCCAGAAUCACAUUGUCCAAUGUGAUAAUUGAAUUGAGCAGGAUUUGGCUACUAAUUCUAGCAAAUCUAUCAACAACAUAAGAGACUCCCUUCCUGAAUUGUUUCUUUUCUUCUCAGAA